AGAGGGAGGUCAGUCGUGAUGAGCGGAGGUUGACUCCUGAUGACGCAAAGAGAGACCGAGCAGGGUGAAAGGAGGAGGCAGACAGAAUGGCUGCCCGGUGCCGCAGCUCCAAAUGCACCGUAGAAAGGAACGGAUUCAAGCGGGAACUCGAUACCUGGCGGCACAAACUGAUCAACUGCGUCGGGUUCGAAAGCAUUCUGGAGGGAAUCUAUGGCCCGUUGCUGCUCAGAGACCUCAAUAUUUUUGACGACUGUGAACCCGAGGAGCUAGAGGACUGGGCAGUGAAGGCCAGUUGUUCCUUCUGCAGCCUGCUGAUCAAUGACCAUGUCCCAGUGGCCGCCUCCCCCUCAGACGACACGCCCUCCCAAGCCCCUUCCCUCUCGGACAGCAGCCUAUCAGCUCACAGGUUCCUCCACGCUGUGUUCCAUAAGAAAGAGCUGGCGUCCAGCGGAGACCCUAACGUCCCUCUGGUGGCCCAGGAACUGAUGAAGAGGAUGGUGAGGCAGUUUGCCAUGGAGUACGCCUCCAAGACACGCCUUACCACCACCACAGGCUCCCAGCGUUCUGACCUCGACUCACCUCUAGACCUCACUGUGACACGGAACCAGGAGGAGGAACCCACACCAGCGGACAGUGUGCUCGACCUCUCCAAGCGGAACUCUGCCAGCUCGGCCUCCACGUCACCCACCAUUCACAAAGCCUCAGGCUCCCUGUUGCCCCCGGUUACGGAUGAACCCCAGAGGGAAGCAGAGGAUGCUGGGAUGCCCGAUGCCCCAAGUGGGAGGAGCUCUGCUCUGGAAGCGGUACGCUCCACGUUAUGCCCCGCCCAUCGCUCUCUGCUCCAGCGAAUCCUGAGGCUCGCCCACCAGCAGCACCGUCUAUCAUUGGCCUACAGGGACGCCCAUCGCCGCCUCGUCCCGCCCCCAGACCCUCUCUGCGGCCACCUGGUGGCCAAACAACAGGACGACACUUCCUCUCCUCCUUCCUUCACUGGCUGUUGGAGCCGUCGUGGAGCCACGCGUCCGACUGACUGGAAGACACCAGGUGGUCCAGGCUGUUGCUGCUGGCUGCCUCCUGUCUGUUUCUGCCUCCAGAGCCUCCGCUGCCUGUCCUGCCAGAGCCUGUCCCUGGGACACACCACUGGGGUUCGCUCCUCCUCUUCUCUGUGCUCUUUCACGUCCUCCUCUUCUCGUUCAUCCUCCGCUCUGUGCCCUAAUCCCUCAGUCUGUCCCGUGGCCUCUGUCUGUUGCUCCAACCCCCAGCCCUGUGCCUCCUGCUGCUCAGAACACACCUACCUGGCCCCGGUCAGACACACAGCCCCGGGAGGUGGAGGAGGAAGCGAGUGCCCUGUCCUCAAGAGAGAGCGAUCCCGCACCCCCUCUCCUCCCCCUCUCUCCCCCAUACCCUCAGACAUGGACGGUAAGGAGGAAGACAAGCCUCCCUCUCUUCUGCAGCAGGAGGGGGAAAAAGAGGAGGAGGCUGGGUGUGGUGGGGAGGUGGGUGAGGACAGGGAGCAGCAGGAGGGGGAAAAAGAGGAGGAGGCUGGGUGUGGUGGGGAGGUGGGUGAGGACAGGGAGCAGCAGGAGGGGGAAAAAGAGGAGGAGGCUGGGUGUGGUGGGGAGGUGGGUGAGGAUCCUCCACUCAGCUCUGCCUUAGCCAAUCACAACCUAGAGAAGGAUCCCCACCUGACGACCUCGGCCAAUCGGCACAUUGCAGAGUCCCGGGCCGACGCCCACCUGAGUGAGAUCAUCACCACCGUUCUGAACACGGGUGGCGGCAGCGACUACAGCCUAAACGACAUGUUGCAUCACCAUGACAACAACGAGAGCCAUCCACCUCGGACGCGUUCCCGGCGGCGACAGGAGGCCCUGGCUGCCAUGGCGACUUUGCCCGACCAGUCGUCCGCCCGGCGCCAGACCGUGCUAAUCAAACGGGAGCUGGCCAGGCUGAACCAAUCGCUGGGCAGGAGGCUGUCGCUAGGGAAGAACAAGAGCCGCAGUGCCACGCCCUUUUCUACCUGCUCGUCACCUGAACCAACCCCUGUUACAGCAGAGAUAGACAGAAUCACAGAGGAGGAGGGAGAGACCGGUAGAGUGGAGGAGGGAGAGACCGGUAGAGUGGAGGAGGGAGAGACCGGUAGAGUGGAGGAGGGAGAGACCGGGGAGGGAGAGACCGGUAGAGUGGAGGAGGGAGAGACCGGUAGAGUGGAGGAGGGAGAGACCGGUAGAGUGAAGGAGGGAGAGACCGGUAGAGUGAAGGAGGGAGAGAGCGGUAGAGUGAAGGAGGGCGAGACCGGUAGAGUGAAGGAGGGCGAGACCGGUAGAGUGAAGGAGGGAGAGAGCGGUAGAGUGAAGGAGGGCGAGACCGGUAGAGUGAAGGAGGGCGAGACCGGUAGAGUGAAGGAGGGAGAGACCGGUAGAGUGAAGGAGGGAGAGACCGGUAGAGUGAAGGAGGGAGAGACCGGUAGAGUGAAGGAGGGCGCGACGUCGAAGGUGACAGCAGAGGAGGCAGGUCCAGUGAGAGUCACGAAGGAUAGAGUCGGCAUGAAGGAGGAGAUGGAGAAACCCCCAGUCCUCUCCUCUACACAACAGAGUCCCCCGCAGGAGGACCAACACAAACCAGAGAGCUGGAACAUCACCUGUCAGGACAGCAGUAGGAGUGACCUCCCUGAGAAGAGGAAAGAGGAGGAGUCACCAGGUAGUACCAGCAGUGGUCUUCCUGAAAGGAGUAGAGAGGAAGAGGAGGAGUCACCAGGUAGUACCAGCAGCACCUGUGACCAUGGCAGUGGUCUUCCUGAGAGGAGUAGAGAGGAAGAGGAGGAGUCACCAGGUAGUACCAGCAGCACCUGUGACCAUGGCAGUGGUCUUCCUGAGAGGAGUAGAGAGGAAGAGGAGUCACCAGGUAGUACCAGCAGUGGUCUUCCUGAGAGGAGUAGAGAGGAAGAGGAGGAGUCACCAGGUAGUACCAGCAGUGGUCUUCCUGAGAGGAGUAGAGAGGAAGAGGAGGAGUCACCAGGUAGUACCAGCAGUGGUCUUCCUGAGAGGAGUAGAGAGGAAGAGGAGGAGACAGCAGGCAGCAGCAAGGACAGUAGCAGAGUGUCAGCCAGGAAUAGCCCUUCCCACCCCUGCAGAACCAGGAGAGGCAGCAGGUCCCAGCCAGGAGGGAGCAGCGAGGCUGGGAGGUCCAGGAGGAGCAUCGUCCCUCCCCAGCGGUUCUCCUCCUACGUCACAGAGCCCAGGAUGAUGUAUUCUGCUGCCUGUUUCUCAGAGAGGAUCUUCUCCGCCCAGAGGACGCCAAAGGAUCGGCAACCACUCAAUGCCCCCAACACCAAUUGCACAGACUCCCCGUCCUCGGCCACAGACACGGCUGAGGGGUUGGGCGACGCAAGAGAAGAGGAAUUACCGCUGGCAUCCAGUCCUGAGGAUGUCAGUCAGGAGAGGAUGGGAGGCAGAGGCUGUAGAUCAACAGCAAGAGGUCAGACUUCAGACCGUGAGUCACAGAGACGAGGUCAGGUGAUUCCCGUCACUGCAGCUUCCUCUGAGCAGCAGAGUCCCCCUAAACAGCGCUCCCAGAACAGGGCAGACGUUAGGCUCAGAGCAGCCAAACCUUUUGGGCGCUUACGCUCCUCCCACUCCGCCCAACAGUCCCAACCAGCGAGCCCUCAGACAGCCUCCAGGCCAGAGGUCCCCACAGAGCAGCCUCAGUACAUCAGCCCCAUCAAGCUGAUGUUUGUGUCUGCAGUAGUGGGUGAGGAGGGGGUGAGGUACACCCUGAAGGCGGCUGCACCAGGAUCCAGCUGGCAUGGACAGGAGACCUUUGACCCCUGUGAGGAGUCAUCGUGGGCUGGAAGUCCAGAGAAGACCCCAGAGAAGACUCACAAUCCACCGAAGACCAGGAGUCCACCACAGACCAGGAGUCCACCGAAGACCAGGAGUCCACCCCAGACCAGGAGUCCACCCCAGACCAGGAGUCCACCCCAGACCAGGAGUCCACCCCAGACCAGGAGUCCCCUCCAGACCAGGAGUCCCCUCCAGACUAGGAGUCCCCUCCAGACUAGGAGUCCCCUCCAGACCAGGAGUCCCCUCCAGACCAGGAGUCCACCCAAGAACACCAUAUCGUCAUCACCAAAGCUGUGUGGAACGAUGAGAGGAGGAGAGGGGGGUAGCCCGCCAAAACGGUCUCCCGGGUCCCAGAACGGAGACGGCUCGCCUCCUUUUCGUGAAACCACCCCCACAAAGAGACGUCCGGGACGUCCCAAGAAACUGGGCCCCCAGCUGGAGAAGAGGGCCAAGAGGCCGAUCGGCCGCCCGCCCAAGCAAAGGGGUGUAGAGCCGAGCUGUGGCUCCAGGCAGGGUGGUCAGGACCGGUCCAGUGGAGUUCCCUUAGGCUGCAGCACCGGGGAGGAGGGCAACGAGGAGAGAGACCCAGCCAACAGGAACCUGAAGAUCACCGUGGUGUACGGACGCUCCCACAGGACAAAGAGGACAGUGUCGGAGGAGGCUGCUUGUCUCCAGGCUACAGAGCAGCUGAUGGAUCUGAACUUCGUCAGACCGGUGAAGGACAAAAGGUUCGCUCCCCACGCCAGCAACAGCAGCAACAUUAUCAAGUGCCAGAAGCUGCAGUGUACCGCGGCCAUGCGUCGUCCAGGGAGACCCGCCAAGGUCAAGAUCUCCGGAAUCUCCGUUACCGUCACCACCACGUCGCCGGGGAAACGCAAGGUCCACAUGAACCGGGACAGGAAAUCUCCGGAGAAGCUCUGUCAGCGGAAAGCCCUCCUUCCUGAACCCCAGCCUUCCAAAGAGCCCAGGAAAAUCAGCAGCACGCCGACUAGCGAGGACGCCACUCGGAUGCAGAUAGAGAGAACGACAGAGUCCAAGGAUGGAGAGAGGGAGCGUCAGACCCAGACUCCUCCUGUGUUGGCGGUGCGUCACUCUGUGAGAGUGAGGAAGCCUUCAGUGUACCUGCUUCACUCUGUAGCCACCUCCACCUCUAGGUCCCUGAGCCACAGUACCGCCCUGCUGCGCCGAUCCAGACAGCUACUGAUCAACAGGGCCAGCAGCAAGGGCAGCCAUCGCAAGAGGAAGGAGGAGGGAGGAGAGGACACCCCAGGGCGGGAGGAGCUGCUGUCCGGGAGGGAGGAGAGGAGGAGCGAGGGAAGAGGAGGGGUGUUGUGUGAGGACCUGAGCCAGGUAGCGGGGGUUUCGGUAGACUCCAUUUUCCCAGCCAGCUCCAGCGAGGCGUUGAGGUGGUGGCCCGUCUCCUCCGACCAGGACAGCCUGAACCAAGAGCUGGCUCGCAGGAUCCGCCUCAUAUCCCAAAGCUGGGUCGCUGACGCUGCCGCUACCACCCACACCACCAGGACGGGGACGAUCAUGUCCACCAAGCAGAGACUCGACGACGACUCUUUGUCCUCCUGGGAGCCAGAGGUUGGGUCGGCAGUGCGGCUGCUGUUUGACCGGCGCUGCAGCGUGGAGAGGCUGGCCUCCUGGUUCAUGCAGACCACUGAGACUCAGUCUCUGGGCAUUGUGAAGAAGACCAGCUCCCGAAACCCCUAUGAGCUCCUGCACUACCCCCGGAACGCCAGCAGGGAGAGCGUCUUUCCCAGCCCGCAGACCAUGCGACUACGCAAACACAUCAAGAAGUUUGCCAAAGCUGUGCCGAAGAGCCCCGCCCAGCUCCGUCUGGCCCAGGAACGGCUCCGACGUGGAAGAGAGCUGAAUGCCAGGCGGCGUCUGUUCACUGCGAGGCCGGCGUCUGGCGGGCUGCGUCUUAGAGCUCCUUGUAGGAAGGUCAGGGCCCUCGGGACGUACAGAACCACUCUGCUCAGAGUCAGAGAAAAGUUCCUCACCUGGACCCUCAGAGCCAAGCAGCCCAACAGGCUGAUCUGGAGGAGAAGCCUGGUGGAGGAAGGCAACUCACCUCACCAGGUCUGGCCUUCUGCUCAGCCCAGGGAGGAGCUCACCAGGUCUCCACAUCACCACUGUCUACCUGCCUCCUCAGAGACCAGUCAUCCCUGCAGCCCCAACCAGCUGACAGGCCUCACCAAACAGCAGCGUCUCAGCUCUAAAGCCUGGAGUCCAGAGAGACUGAAGGAGUGUUGCGUGUUCCUCAAGAAGAUCAACUCCCCCGACACAGAGUCCACCGUUGAGAAGGAGUGGGACGUCUGCACCGUCAAUCUAGACGACACAUACUGCCCCGACGAGACCAGACAGGAGGAGAGGAGCGGAGAGGACGACAAAGCUGUGAAAACGGAGAGAAGGAAGAGGAGAGUUCCCUGGAAGGAGUCUAGCAGCUCGCCGCAGGAGGUCAUGGUUCAGGAGCACAACCAGGUCCGAGCCGGGAACAGGAGAGGCAAACAGAAAAAUUCAGGGAAGGCCACGAGCCAAUCACAGACCCCGCCGCCAACGAAAGCCAUGAGCCAAUCACCGACCCCACCGCCAGUGAAAGCCAUGAGCCAAUCACCGACCCCGCCGCCAGCGAAAGCCACGAGCCAAUCCCCGACCCCGACGCCAGCGAAAUCCAUGAGCCAAUCACCGACCCCACCACCAGCGAAAGCCACGAGCCAAUCCCCGACCCCGCCGCCAGCGAAAUCCACGAGCCAAUCACCGACCCCGCCGCCAGCGAAAGCCACGAGCCAAUCACCGACCCCGCCGCCAACGAAAGUCAUGAGAAAAUCGCGUGGGAGGGGCCUGACCGGGCCGCGGUGGCGUGACUUUAUACUGGGAACCUGACUGUCCUCCGUCCCGUCUCCGCGGUGACUGUGUUGUAACUGUAUUGGCGGGACGCUCCUCCCUCCGUCUCCGCGGUGACUGCGCGUAAAACAACUCGGUGCCUUCAGACUGCCCCUUGGCAUUAUGUAGCAGAAGGAAACGUUGAACCAGAAGAAGCUUACCAUUGCACUAUUUUUAAACUAUUCAGCCCCCCCCCACACACACACACACUGCUUUAAAAAAACCAAACUGUGUAUAUGUUUGUACAGAACGUUUGUUUUUAAAACUUUGACACACCUUUCUUCUGCCUUGUCUGAUACAACUACCAACCCAUCAAGUUCUGUUGUAAUGAGCCUGGAGGCCCGUUUGGGAGAGUACACAUUCAAACCCUGCGUCUACUAUGACACCCUAUCCCCUAUAUAUAGGGCACUAUUUUAGACCAGAGCCCUAUGGCACCCUAUCCCCUAUAUAUAGGGCACUAUUUUAGACCAGAGCCCUAUGGCACCCUAUUCCCUAUAUAUAGGGCA